AUGUCGCUAGAAAAGAUCACGACCAUCUCCCCAAUCACCAACAAGCCUGUUCUUACACGUAACGGUCUCUCAGAUGCUGAUCUGCAAUCUCUACCUGAGACAGCCGCCAGCGCAUUCGAAUCAUUCCGCCGUACAUCACUUGCUGAAAGGCAGAACAUCAUAAAGAAAGCUCUGAAAUUGCUCAACGAGCGUCAAGAUGUCCUUGGCAAGGAGAUCACCGAACAGAUGGGUCGCCCUAUUGCGUAUACGCCUAAAGAGAUUACCACCGCAGUCAUGCGUGGCGAGUAUCUGUUGAAGAUCAGUGAUGAAUUUCUGCAAGACACUCCAGGUGAAGCUGAGAAGGGCUUCAAGCGAUACAUUAGGAAAGUUCCUCUUGGUCCAGUAUUAAUCCUGUUCCCUUGGAAUUACCCAUACCUGACCCUCAUCAACUCACUAGUACCUGCACUGAUUGCAGGGAACUCGGUCAUUUUGAAGCCAUCCCCACAGACGCCAACAAGUGCCGAGCAGAUCCAACAGAUCUUCAAGCAAGCUGGGCUACCUGAUGGUGUACUCCAAAUCUUCCACAGUGGAUCUAUGACACAGAUUGAAACCAUAGCACGUUCACCUAAGAUUCAGUUAGUGUGCUUCACUGGUUCCGUAGCCAACGGCCUUGCAGUGCAAAGCGCAGCAAAUAAUCGUGUAUCUUUGCGUGUGGGCCUUGAGCUUGGAGGCAAAGAUCCUGCAUAUGUUCGUUCCGAUGUUGACGUCAAGUGGGCUGCAGAAGAACUCGUGGAUGGAGCUGUCUUCAACUCUGGUCAGAGUUGCUGCAGCGUUGAGAGAAUAUACGUGGAUGAGAAAAUCCAUGAUGAGUUCGUAUCCGCCCUCCAGGAUGUACUGAAGGGUUACAAACUUGGUGAUCCUUUCGACAAGAGCACUCAUGUUGGUCCCGUGGUCUCCAAACGAUCAGCAGAAGCCAUUCAAGCACAUAUCAAAGAUGCUUUAGCGAAGGGCGCUAAGAAUGCUACACCAGAGAAUCCUACGUUCGAGAACCCGCCUGCAGACGGCAACUUUGUCGCUCCAACGUUACUGACAGGUGUCACACAUGAUAUGGACGUUAUGACCGAGGAAACCUUCGGUCCUGUGAUUCCAGUCAUGAGAGUCAAGGACGACGCAGAAGCGAUCAAACUCAUGAACGAUAGUGAAUUCGGGCUCACAGCAAGUAUUUGGACAAAGGAUGUUAACAAGGGUCACGAGCUUGUUGACGAAGUUGAAGCUGGUACGGUCUUCGUCAAUCGAUGUGACUACCCCGCGCCUGACCUGGCCUGGGUAGGCUGGAAGAAUUCAGGAAGAGGGCAGACCCUGAGCAAAUUCGGAUUUGACCAGUUCGUUAAGCUCAAGAGCUACCACGUUAAGGAUUACCCAAAAUGA